GAGCCUUUGUUUGCUUUUAUGAAGGGAAUCAGCGAUGAUUUAGCGGCUCGCGUUCCACUCUACAAGGACGACUGGAGUCGUCCAAAAAGCAUAUAUACUGUUGUGAACGCAACAUUCUUUGCCUUCGUUAUCCAACUUAUUCCGGCGCUUAUUUUUGCCGAGCUCAUGGAUCGACAAACACAAGGAAAUCUCGCCACCGCGGAAACUUUGUUGAGCUCAGCAAUCAUUGGAAUUAUUUACGCCAUUUUCGCCGGGCAGCCGCUCGUGAUCAUGGGAAUUACAGGUCCUGUUGCCAUUCUCCUUGGAACUUCUUACAGUCUUACCGAAAAAUUUGAUGCUGAGUAUUUUCCCUUUUUCUUUUGGAUUUGCAUUUGGGCUGGUCUCAUGCAUAUCAUUUCGGCCAUGGUUGGUCUGGUUAGUUUAGUUUGGAAGGUAACACCGUUCACGAGCCAGAUAUUCGAGCUUUUCAUCGCCAUUACAUUCAUUUACGCUUCUGUCCGUGAUUUGAUCGAGCCGAUAUAUUUUGGGCAGGAAGACAGUCGUCCAGAUCGCAGUGCUCAAUACGCAUCGCUCUUGAUCGGACUUGUGACGUUCUACGUUGCUUGGACCUUGCAUUUUGCGGAAACGUGGGUUAUGUUCACGCGCCAAGUACGCACGUUCUUGACCAGCUACAAUACGCUCCUAGCCGUGGUUUUUGGAACGGCUUUCAGCUAUUUGCCCGGUGUAGAUCUCGCCCAAAAUGGAGUCGCCGGUAUUUUUGCCGCCAUUAUACCUGGAUUUAUGUUCUUUCUUCUCUUUAUCAUCGAUCAUAACGUGUCGUCUAUUCUGACGCAGUCGCCAAAGUUCAACCUUAAGAAACCAGCGGCGUAUCAUUGGGACUUUUUCGUUUUGGGCAUAACAUUCAUUCCGUGUGCAAUUCUUGGACUACCUCCUGGUAAUGGAUUGAUUCCGCAGGCUCCACUGCACGCCCGAGCUCUGUGUACACGUGCCUACGCAACAGACGAACACGGAGUAAAACGAGAAAUUGUGACUCACGUUGAGGAACAGCGUUGGUCGGCUUUGGCGCAAGCGUCUCUAAUGUUUGUUGCCUUAGCCGCCUUCACAGUUAUCAGCUGGAUUCCACGUGGCUGUCUAUUUGGUUUAUUUUUAUACCUCGGAAUGGGAGCUCUGCAUGGCAACGAGAUCUGGGAGCGCGUAACGUUGGGCUUCAUUGUUUCAAAAAAGCGCCCUCCUAUUCCUGUUGUCCGGGAAGUUCCAUGGCGCACAGUGCAGUGCUGGACUGUCAUUCAACUAUCCCUUGCUUUUUUAAUUUUUGGAGUGGCCCAAUUUGCAGAUAUCGGAUAUAUAUACCCUGCACUGUUGACUGCUUUAGUACCUGUCAGGUCGUACGUAAUGGAGCGUAUCUUUAAACAAGAAGAUAUCAAAUUUCUCGAU